AAAGCAUAAACCAAUCAACUGGUUUAUGUUUGUCGACUUUCUCUUUGAAGCAAUAAUAGAUCUUGUUCUUUCAAAGCAGCCAAUUGAUAUGUUUGCCAGGGAGGGUGUGAUUUUUCAUACACUUUGAAUGGUUGAGUCCAGUCCAAAUUUUAGAUUUCAACGAUUACUUGAUGUUUUGUUUUUCGGCAGCAGCCAUGGACUCCAGUGAAGAUCAAAACACAGGCACCACCAAUGGAAACCCACAGACAAGUGGGAACUCUCGCGCGCCUCAGAUAGCUCACAUGUCUCUGUAUGAGAGACAAGCUGUGCAGGCUCUCCAGGCCCUGCAGAGACAGCCCAAUGCAGCUCAGUACUUCCAGCAGCUCAUGCUGCAGCAGCAGAUCAGUAGUGCCCAACUUCACAACCUGGCUGCUGUGCAACAGGCCACACUCGCAGCCAGUCGCCAGUCUAAUACUACAAGCAACAGCAUGUCCCAAGUUCCCACCACGGUCAACCUAAGCACCACGUCUGCAGGAGGGACGAUGACGAGUUCUCGUCCCCACGGACCGGCCACAUCUGCAACAACAACAGCUCUCAACCAGUCGGUGCUGCUGGGCGGAAACUCUGCUGGACAGGGACAGAUGUUUCUCAGAGUUAACCGCACUCUCAGCACUCCACUCGGGUCUCAGCUCAUCUUUAUGCCCGGCGGUACAGCAACAGCAACUGUAGCAACAGUUGCUCAGACACAACCGCAGCAGCAGCAGCAGCAGCAGCAACAGCAGCACGAAGUUCCUCCUGCCACACCGAGCGCGGCAUCUGAAAAUGAUCAGGUACAGAACCUCGCCCUACAUUGUGCUUCCACUCCUAAAACAGUUGCUAUUAAGUCAGAACUUCCAGACAGGAAAGAUCCAGCCAGCUUUCCUCUCGGUCAACAGCAGCAGAGUUUCCCACAGACGGUCCAGAAACAGCAAGUCCAACCACAGCAGCAGCAGCAGCAGAUCGCCAAGCCCAGCUUCACGCAGCAGUCUGCCACCAACACAAUGGCCGUGAAGACCGCCAACCAGGCCGCCAUGACGGUGACUCCUGCAGCGUCUGUAGCGCCGUCUUCAUCUGCCUCUCCGGCCCUCCCCCUCUCCCAGCUCCUCCUGUCGUCGUCUGCCGCCCCCGUGAUCCUAAUGCCCACCUCCAGCGUUCCCACCUCCACCCAGGGCUACCCCAUCGGCUCGGUGGCGUCAAAAGCCAACGUUAACACGCAGACUCUCGUCGUGCAGCCGCUGCAACAGACCAGUUCUAAUGUCGACAAAGGUCCCAUUCCAAUUCAGCCCAAGACUGUUCAGGGACACCGGUUGCCCGUGCAGCUGCCCCCUCGACACCCGCCUCCCAUCCUCCCCGCGCCUCCGAGCAACAGCCACGCCCCCACGGGAGCCCACAACCCUCCGCACAUCCCGGUCCAGCUGGUGGGCGCCCGGCAGGGCAUCCCCGGAAACGCACAAGCUGUGGCCCUGGCGCAGGCUCGGAGCAGCACGGCCCAGGACGGCUCGCCCGGCGGGAGUGUGGGCUCAGCCAACAACACUGUGACGAAGCCUGCCGUCGGAUCUCUGAAAAGGAAAUCUGACUGCGAUGCAUCAAAUGAGAUGACCGAAUCAUCAGACUCUGCACCGAUGAAAGAUUCUGCUCCUCCUCUGUCUCCCGCUCCUACGAAGGACUCCGUGCCUCCUGUUGAAACUGCAUUCUUGUCCCCUCCCACCCUCUCUCUGCCUCUGCCCUUGUCGAGAGUCGGGGAUAAAGACAAAGCUCCUCUUCCUCAAGCGGUGGUCAAACCUCAAGUCCUCACUCACCUGAUUGAGGGCUUCGUGAUCCAGGAGGGAGCGGAGCCCUUUCCUGUCGCUGGACUUCUCAAGGACAGAAACUUUGCCCUGGUCGCCCGCACGGAAAAUGGACCCCAGUUGCUGAAGUGUGAGUAUUGUGGAAACCUCGCUCCAGCGAGCCAGUUCAAAGGAUCCAAAAGAUUCUGCUCCAAUACCUGUGCUAAGAGGUAUAACGUAAGCUGCAGCCAGCACUUCAAAACCAGCAGAGGGAGGAGCGCCGCAGGGCUGGCGCCGCCUCCAACGCCCGCAGAGAGCGCAGCGCGACGGAGGGGCCCGUCACGCCGGAACAGCUCUAAUACUAACUGCAAUAAAAUAUCGAGCAAGCAUCUACCCGUGAAGUGUCACUCCGAGUCCAGCCGUUCGGAGGAGGUUUCCAGCGACGGCGAAGAAGACGACGAGUCUCCGUCGCUCUCCCCGAGCUCGUCGCACUCGUGCCUGAGAGCCGACCACAGCGCGCCUCAGUCUGACAGCUCGGCGCCGGGCAGCCUCCCGCUGGAGGGGAACAACUUCCUGUCUGCCACUCCUGCUCAGUGGAGCGUGGAGGAGGUCUGCAGGUUCAUCUCCUCGCUUCAAGGGUGCGAGGAGCUGGCCGCCCAGUUUCUGUCCCAGGAGAUCGACGGGCAGGCUCUGCUGCUGCUGCGCGAGGACCACCUGAUCUCCACCAUGAACAUCAAGCUGGGUCCCGCGCUCAAGAUUUGUGCCUCCAUCAACAGCCUGCGUGAGUGACGGCCCUCCGCCGCGGGGAGACACCGGGAGAUUUCUAUUCUCACUGCAGACGUCUUACUGGAAUCCACACUCGCCGCUCUCGAAGAUCAAAACAGAGAUCCUUGGAGACGGCGAAGAUGUUUUCGUUUACUUCUAUACAAACUAUGGUGCCCAGAGAUGGACAGUUUAUGUUCACGACAGUGAUUGUGCGAUGAGAAAGUCGAUGCUGCGAUCUGAAUGAUCAGGACGUGCCGGUAGUGUUGAUGAGAUUCUGUCGUCUGCCGUUGUGUGUCGAGACAUUUUGUUUGUAUACUCCUGAGGAACUGUGCAAAUCAGCCUGCAGGUGAUGUCUGUUAGGUCUUCUGCGUAGGACAUUUAACCUGUUGAACAUGAGAAAGAAAAAAAAUGUUGCCUUCUUUCCGUAUCUGAAAUGGUGCUUUAACUUUUGUGAUUUGAAUUCACUUGACAUCAGCAGCAGUCCAUUUCAUCCAUUUUUUUUUCUUCUCUUUCACUAGUGCGCUUGUUUUAUUUCUACCAUAGACGUUCAAUCCAGGCUCCAAUCACAUAAAGAGGAGACACUCAGAAAGCCUGGCUUUGUAUCGAGUCCAUUAUACCAGUUAUUAAAAGUUUAGUUUUGUAUUUUCUCCAUUUUAUACUACAAUCAGAAUUAUUUUUUCAUGAAUACAAUCUAGUUUUAGAAGCUUUAUUCAACCACACUACCUGAAAAUGGGUAUUUUUCUCGGUGUGCUCUCAAGGGCUCAGUGCUCUCUGUAACAUGUAUGCAGUACUACCAAUAAACAA